CUUUCUUCCCUAAUCCGAUUCAAAGCCCUACCCUCCCUCAGCAUACCCUUUCCGGCACUCGAAGCCCUGCCCGUCGCCGACGGAGAUCGCACCGAUGGUUCCCAUUUUCGCAGAAGGUGACGGGGUAGUUGCCGCGAUCGACUGAAUUCCUUCGAUCUGAGCCUCCUCCUCUGACGCUGUCCGUUGAAGAUGGCCAUGGUCCCGCCGCCAUCCGUGCAGCCAUCUAGGCAGCCGCCGCCUCCUCCUUCCCCGGCGCUCCUCCAGCCCCAGCCGCCGCCCGAUAGUGAUCGGAGCAGCGGAGAGCUUAGGGCCAUGGACUGCAAUCUCGUCUCCCUCUGUGACCAUAUCCAGAUGGAGGGAUUUCACUCGGGCGCGUUCUCCGAUGUGGUGGUGCAGGCGAUGGGCUCCACCUACCGCCUCCAUCGCCUCAUUCUUUCUCGCAGCUCGUAUUUCAGGAAUAUGCUUCAUGGUCCUUGGAAGGAAGCUGGUGCACCUACACUAGUGUUGAACAUUGAUGAUUCUAAUGUUAAUUCAGAGGCAAUUGCGGUGGCUUUAGCGUACCUCUAUGGGCACCAUCCCAAACUCAAUAACACCAAUGCUUCUCGUGUUCUAGCGGCUGCUUCUUUUCUAGACCUUCAGGAUCUUUGUGCUAUUUGCACUGAUUUUAUCAUAUCUGAACUUUCCACUUCAAAUUUUUUAUCCUAUCAGGUGUUUGCUGAAAGCCACGACUAUGGCUUACAUGGUGAGCGAGUUAGUAAUGCAUGCUGGGGAUAUCUUUGUCAAAGUGCAACCAAGGAAUUGAUAGAGGUGUUGCCAAAACUUUCUUCACAAACUCUGCAUGCAUUGCUUACCUCCGAUGAACUAUGGAUACCAAAUGAAGAGAAACGGUUUGAACUCGCACUAUACACACUACUAGCAAAAAGUGCCAUAUCCGAGGCAGAGAAUUCUGCACAAAUAAGCUCUAGUACAGAGGCUGGUGUUACAGGUACAACUAGGCACAAGCUUAUGAACUCUAUUGAUAAUAACUGCAGUGAACAGCUAAUGGAGCCUGAUUUACAACGAUUGGGCAUACAAGCACAUUUAGAAGGACAAAAAACUGCACAUAAUAUAUUGGUCGAGCUGGCUGAUUAUGUAGUGGACUUCCAUGCAAGUUCUUCAAAACCAUUACACGAAGGAACUUCUAGUCCAGUGCAAAAUUCAAGGAAUGGUAUUGAAACUGCUAGAAAUGAGGCUGCCAUGGAAGGACCAUCUGGAGAAAGCCCUUGUUCCAAUUUAAACAAUAAUGUCUGGCUUGCUAGGGAACAAUCAAGAGAGUCUCUAAUCAGCCUAACCACAAGUGAAACAGCUCGGAAUGAUUGGGGAAGGUCCAAUGUGCCAAUAUGGGGUGGUAGAAUAGUAGGUCGGAGACAAGCCACAAGUGCUGAUGGUAGCUCAUCUCUAAGGGACGAGGAGUUUGAUGCUUUCAUGAAAAUAUUUGAAGGGGGCUCUCUUCUUUACUGCAACAUGACCUUUGAGGCACUUUUAAAUGUCCGAAAGCAACUAGAAGAGUUGGGUUUUCCCUGUAAAGCUGUAAAUGAUGGCCUUUGGCUGCAAAUGCUUCUGUGUCACAGGGUUCAAGCAAUUGGAGCUGAUACCUGCAAAAGUUGUUGCUUGCCAAACAGUUCAUGUGCUUGUAGACAGGCUUAUGGAUAUUCACAUGGAGGUAAUCCAGGUGGCUAUUAUAGACAAGAACAUGACAGGAGAAAUUCUAGUAGGAGCGGGAAUAUAUACCUUUCAGAUGUCCAGGGUGAGGGAAGUGGUCUGUUUGGUCCUGUUCGGGUUCAUGUAAGGGGAACAAUUGAUGGACUUGCAGGCAUUGGGCGUGGAACUUCGUAUGAGCCUGGUACAGCUUGGCCCCCUACACGAUAUGUUUAUUCUCGUGUUCCAACAGCUCUAGGCACUAGGAAUUCUCAGCAGGGACUUGCUCAUGAUGAACCAGAAGCACGGGUUGAUCUUAAUGAUGUACCAAAUGAUGGCUUAACAGCUUUGGUUGGCCUUGUGCAAGGAAACACUCUUGUUCAUGUUGCAGAGCAAAGAGGAAGAGUGUAUGAAGUAGACGUCCAGAACACAUUUUCUGGUGGUGUUUCUCACCCUGGAGCAUCUGAUAUUUCAUCUCAAAUGUUGGACUCACAGGAUCAUUCCAUUGGCCUUGAGUGGGAAGGUUGUGAGGGUUCAUCAAUAUCAUUAGAUCUUAAAACUCCACUACGUCAUUUUCCUCCAUUUCGAUUUGGGGUGGAGUUUGAAGAUGUUGACAGACUUGAGGAUGGUCAAGUGAAGCACUCCCCUGAAGUAUUUUAUGCAGGAUCACUAUGGAAGGUAAGUGUCCAAGCUUUCAAUGACGAGGAUCCUCAAGGACGCCGCACCCUUGGUUUGUUUCUGCAUCGACGGAAGGCCGAGCUGACAGAUUCUCUUAGAAAGGUGCACGCGUAUGUUGACUCUCGUGAAAAAGUCACUGCCCGAUAUCAGUUAAUAUGCCCUUCGAAGCGAGAGGUGAUGGUAUAUGGAAGUUUUAAGCAAGCGGGAACUUUGUUACCCAAAGCUCCAAAAGGAUGGGGUUGGCGCACUGCUUUGCUAUUCGACGAGCUCAGUGACCUUCUGCAAGCCGGAACUCUGCGAGUCACUGCAGUAGUGCAGCUAGUUUGAGGUUCAGUGUCAGAAACUUCUCAUUUUUUUCUGCUGUUUUUUACAAUAAAUCAAUGCCGAGUUUAUAAAGGUUCUACAACAGAAGACAUUCAUGCUCCUAUCAGUGACCUGUUAUACUUUGAUUAGUUCGCAUUUGUAUAUACCAUCCGAAACUCAUGUUUCUCUAAUGGGUAAGCUUCUCAUCGGUGUAGAAAUUUCGUUUGGCUCUGACAUAAAGAAGUUUGGUCUGAGUCGCAAUCUACAGUACCGCCCAUAAAUUGUUGGAUAGAAUUUUUGUUUUUCUGUAAUUCUCGUUGUUAUUUAUAGUCUAUAAUUUCAGAUUGUUGUACAAAAGACUUGGGUUUUGUUUGGAUAAUGUCAUGUUCGAUUUCCACGAUA